ACCCUAUGCGGUGCUUUCUCUGUGUCUUUUCUUUGUCUAUGUGGUGUGGUGAAUUUUAGAUUACGAUUAAAAAGUAUAAUUUAUCUUUUCAUAGACAUAAAUUAAACACAACGUUACGAACACUCUAUCUCUUUUUUAAUAAAUUUAACUAAAGUCCAUAACAUGCUUAUGGAUUUGACUGAUGAGUUCGAACAAAGCGACAGUGGAAUGGAAUCUUUGACGACAAGCAAAGAUGAUACCCCAGAACGUAGUCGUAGACCCGAAGAUAGUUUUAUAACACCAUCGCUAGGAUCUUCCCCCAGCGCGAGCACGCCUCUUAGCGGUCCACUGAAAGAAUAUGACGACGAGCCAGAUGAAACUUUAUCAGAACGAUUAUGGGGAUUGACUGAAAUGUUCCCAGAGUGUGUAAGAAAUGGCACACAUACAGUCACUACUAAGACAUGGACUGGAGUUAAAUCUCUUUAUGGGAUCUCUCGCUCUGUACUUUGGAUAGUGGCAAGUUCCUCGGUGAUAUUAUUUGCACCUGUUAUAUUUGAAGUUGAGAGAGCUCAAAUGGAGGAAAUGCAGAAAACUCAACAGAAACAGGUGUUGCUGGGAACCAAUGCUGCCUUGUCGGGACCAAUGCCGAAUAUGCCGCCCAUACCCCGAUAAAAAUACCAAAAUUUACUCAAAAACAUAAUUAGAUACUGUCUUCAACUUAUGUUUAGAUACCUAAUUAUCAUGAAUGCUUUAAUCUUAGUUAGUUUAAUGUAUAGUACUGUAACAUGAAUUACUAUGGGUAUCACAUUCUGAGAUCGAAUUCUAAUUUUAAAUCCUAAUCAAAAUAUAUAAGUACCUAUUUCUAAUUGCAUUUAACCUAAAUCUAAUUUUAGUAAAUACUGUAGCUUAAAUAUAGAAAUCACUGUUUAACAUGGUUUGUUCAUUGGCUUCACGAAAAGAAAUUAGUCUACUAUGUAUUGAUGUAACCAAUGGGUGUGUGUACCUGUCUGUCUAUAAUAGUUAUUCUGUUUCAAGUCAUUAGUAUAAAUAAAGGUACUGUUGGAAAACACUG